GACUUUCCGGCAUUAGAAUGCAGAGCUUGGACAGAUUCUUGGGUGCGACCGGACUAUACAGUAAAGCGCUGAAGUGUUCUAAAAAAUCUGGAGAAAGAAAAUAAAACUAUCUGUAUUUUAUCUGUAUUUUGGAAAUAACUAUCACAAGAGUGUGACGCGGCCUUCUGAAGGAGAGCGUGGCAGUAAUAACGCACAGAAGUAAAAGGGACGGAAACUUUGUUGGACCAGGAAUAUCUGGACCUUACUUUACACUCAGGUGGGGAAAGGCCGUGGACAGCAGGAUCUGUAUCUCCCAAGAUUUUCAGGAGUGGAAGAGUGCUACAAUUUUUCUUAUAAGACAGCAACGGAAUACCACCUUUUGGUAAGCAAUACAUUAAUGCCUUUCAGGAUGGCAGGGGACUUUGACCCAACUACUUCUAAACACAUUGAUGACAUUGAUUAUGGAAUGCAGCCGUUCAUGUAUAAUGGUGUGGAGCCUUUGUUGGAAACAGCUAAUGGUCCAUAUCUUGUCAUUCUCGAACAACCAAAACAGCGUGGAUUUAGAUUCCGAUAUGGCUGUGAGGGACCUUCUCAUGGUGGACUGCCUGGAGCUUCCAGUGAGAAAGGAAGGAAGACAUAUCCCACUGUGAAGAUCUGUGGAUAUGAGGGACCAGCAAAGAUUGAAGUGGAACUGGUGCUGCACACUGAUCCACCACUACUGCACGCUCAUAGUCUGGUGGGGAAACAGUGCACUGAUGAAGGAAUCUGUGUGGUCAGCGUGGGACCUGAAGAUAUGACAGCACAAUUUAGUAAUCUGGGAAUUCUACAUGUAACAAAGAAGAAUGUAAAGGACAUAAUGGUAAAAAAGUUAUUGCGUCAGAGGGACAAGAAAAGGCUUGCUACUGGAGACAACUAUCCACUCGUUAAUCGUGAAGAAGAACUCAAAACAAUUGAGCAAGAGGUGUGUGAGCUAAAAAAAGCAAUGGAUCUGAGUGUUGUACGGCUCAUGUUUACUGCUUAUCUGCCAGACAGCUGUGGGCGUUUUACUCUACCAUUGAAGCCGGUCAUAUCUGAUCCUAUCCAUGACAGCAAAUCACCAGCUGCCUGCAACCUGAAAAUCUCACGAAUUGAUCGGACCUCAGGCUCAGCACGUGGAGGGGAUGAAGUCUACCUACUGUGUGAUAAAGUGCAGAAGGAUGACAUUGAAGUGCGAUUUUAUGAAGAUGAUGAAGAUGGGUGGCAAGCAUUUGGAGACUUUUCACCAACAGAUGUUCACAAGCAGUAUGCGAUAGUUUUCAAAACUCCACCAUAUCGUAAAGUACUGAUUGACAGGCCGGUGACAGUCUUUAUUCAGUUAAAGAGGAAAAGAGGAGGAGAUGCAAGUGAACCAAAACAAUUCACUUACUACCCAGUGCUUGAAGAUAAAGAAGAGGUUGAGCGGAAGAGAAGGAAGCACCUCCCACAGUUCAAUCCUUAUGGAGGCGGACCACCUGCAGGUGGAGCAGGAGGUACAGGAGGAAACACUGGGUAUAAUGGAACUGGUCAUUUUGAUAUUUCUUAUCCGGGAAUGAGUAAUCCUAGCCUCUUCUUAGCUGGUGGUCAUCCUAUGGGAAAUUACCAAGGCUUCCAGAUGUCUGGAGGAGUACAUCCUAACCCUGAGGCAAUACAACAGGAAGUCAGUCAGCAGAAACCUGAACAAGACCAGAGGCAAAGUCCAUCACCUUGUACAACGAAGAAUCACCAUCUGGAAAUGAUGCACCAUCAAGCAUGGCUUUACAAUAUGAGGAUGCAGAGCAUUGCUCAAAGAACAGCAAGGGCGUUGCUUGACUACGCCAUCACAGCUGAUCCUCGGAUGCUGCUCGCUGUACAACGACACCUGACAGCAGCACAGGAUGAAAAUGGAGACACACCAUUGCAUUUGGCAAUCAUCCAUCAGCAGACAUCAGUGAUUCAGGAGCUUGUUCAAGUUAUUGCAAGUAUUCCACAACAAAAAGUCCUCAAUAUGAUGAAUAAACUUCACCAGAGUCCACUUCAUCUUGGAAUCAUCACAAAACAGCACAAGGUUGUGGAUUACCUGCUGAGAGCAGGAGCAGAUCCAACCCUCCUGGACCGCUUUGGAAACUCUGUUUUUCACCUUGCCCUCCAAAAUAAGGACGAGCAGAUGGUACAUAUUUUAUUGAAUCACCUUGAUCCUGCUGUAAGCCGUAACUUGCUAAAUACUCCAGACUAUAAUGGAAUGUUCCCUGUUCACCUAGCUGUUAAAAUGAAGAGUGAUAGAUGUCUGAGUCUUCUCAUCCAAAGUGGAGCAAACGUGAAUGCAGCUGAAAGAAAGAGUGGACGGACCCCACUGCAUAUAGCCGUGGAGAUGAACAACACGGGCUUAGCAGUAGAUCUUGUUAAAAAGUUUGCAGCAAAAGUCAACAGUCGCACUUUCGCUGGAAAUACCCCGCUUCACUUUGCUGCUUGUGCAGGAUCACCAGUGCUCACCAAAAUGUUGCUGAAUGCAGGAGCCGAUGUGAGGGCAGAAAAUGAUGAUCCAGUGUCUUCAUCAGAGGACAGCAGUGAUCAAUACACAGACUCUGAAGAAGACACAGAAACAUUAGAUGAAGAGGAAGGACAAGAUGAUGAGAUGGAAGAAGACCAAGGUGCUGAAAGGCAAACCAAGCCAGUGCCACUAGGACAAAUGGACAAGAAUACAGAUAGUUCAACAGAAAUGGAUAUUGAUUCUGAUACAGACUCUGAGUCAAAUGAGACAAGCCACAAUCAUGGACACACACCAUUUGACCUUGCAAAAAGUCAAAAAGUACGAGAUAUUUUAAGAGUUGGAUCACAAGGUUGCAGUAUGGAACACAGUGGCCAAUCAACAUCCAAACAAGCUGAUCUGUUUAUAGAAGAAGAGACGCUGCAUAAACUGGAGAGACUUCUGGACAAGGAGCCUCCUGGCUCUGACUGGGCAGAAUUGGCAAAACAUUUGGGACUUCAGAGUUUAGUGGAAACCUAUAAACAUACUGAAUCUCCCAUCAGAAGUCUUUUAAAGAAUUAUGAGCUUGCAGGUGGAACUGUUAUAAAACUGAUGGAUGCCCUCACUUUCAUGGGGUUACACACGGGAGUGGACAUUCUCAGACAUCAUAAGCCGGACGAUAAACCACAGUGCACAGAGUCCAAUGCAGAUAGUGCGUAUGGAAGCCAGUCAAAUGAAGAUGCAAAGUGUAGGUCGGCAGAAUCUGAGGGCAGUCUACCAGUGACAGAGAAAAUGAGUGAAAUGAAUAUCAAAACCACUCCAUCUACUCAAGCACCCAGCUUCCUCUCUCAGACUCCUCAGCAACAAGUGCACUAAAUUAAACUUCAAACAGAAUAAAAUCUGUGCUGAUUGGCAGCCAGACUGAAUGGCUAACGCUUUCACAAAACUGCUGUCAGAAGAGUUUGGGACAGCAGCAUUUUGGGACUGAUUUGCACUGCCAUUCUUUCUUCCAACACUUUGGCCUAAACGCUGCAUAGCUGCUGAAAAGUCACGAACCUAAAGACAUUUGUGAGGAAGAGUGGUGAAUUCUUAUCAGAGAGAACAUUUUGUCAUUUUAAAAACAAUAUUUAAGUAUUUAUCAGCUUCUGUCAUCGCUCUUUAUCAGUUACGUAUAUUUUCAUUUAAAGGGUUGACUGACAGAGCGAGUAGUUUAUUUGCACCCAUAUUUUUUUUAGAUCUUUUUUUGUGUCGGAAUAUUUUUCUACAGUCUUUUGUCUUGCUUCACAAAAGAAUUAAAUCUUUUAAAGCUGUG